AUGACGCGGAGCUUGACUAUCAAGGUUGACCAUGCAGUUGCCAUGCAGGUCUUAUUUGGACAAGUGCCCAUCGCCUUUGACGCUCACGUUCUCAAGUGGAGUUUGGACGACAGUGCCUGGCAUCACGUCAAAGAGGCGUCGUUCUACGGGACUGAUACCUACUCACUGGCAUUUGACAUGGUUAUCAAGGUGACGGACGAUGGCCCUGAGCUCAGCGUCAACUUUACUGGGAUGCAGGAGAAGGGAGUGUGGCCUGGUAAGAAGAGUGUUGAAGCGGAGGGAAGGCUUGCGAUGCGGUUGCUUGAGGAGCUUGAUUCUUGGUUGGAGGUGAGGACGGGGGAGCAGUGGAUGCGCUUUUAA